AUGGCGGAAUACAACAAGCAGGCAUCCGAAUUCAUCUUCCGCGAGAACAACGCCGAAGGGCGUGUGGAGCCCGAUACCAUCGAUUUACACGGCCAAUUUGUAGAAGAGGCGGAGGAGAUUCUUGAGGAGCGUAUCAAAUAUGCCAGAGAGCAUGGCCAGACCCAUCUGCAUGUCAUCGUCGGCAAAGGCAACCACUCUGCCAACCACGUCCAGAAGAUCAAACCCCGUGUUGAGCAAGUCUGUCGCGAACUUGGUCUCCAGUAUGCGACGGAAGAGAAUGCGGGACGCAUUUAUGUCAAUCUCACCGGCGGACCGGCUGAUAUGUCUGAAGUUCCGGCGCACUCUGGCUAUGGGCAAUCACAUGGUCAGUAUCCAGGCCAGCAGCAACACCAACAGCCACAACAACACCAACCCCAGCAGCAGCAACACCAACAACAACAGCAACAGGACCCCGUCGAGGAGAUGGUCAACGCGGUUCUCCCACGUGUGUUGCGCAAGCUGGAGAAGGCUUGCUGUAUUGUUAUGUAA